ACCAAUCACAGAUUGUUACCGCAAGUACAAGUCAGAAAACAAUUAAAAUGUUUCAUUGUGAUAAAGAAUCCACAAACAGCUCAGGACUUUCUACACAACGAAGACGUCACAAAGGAGAGAGAAUGUAUUCAUGUUCAGAAUGUGGGAAAUGUUUUAGACGAAAAUCACAUCAUGUUUUACAUGAGAGAAUUCACACUGGGGAAAAGCCGUAUUCAUGUUCAGAAUGUGGGAAAUGUUUCACACAGAAAUCAAAUCUUGUUAUACAUGAAAGACGUCACACAGGAGAGAAAGCAUAUACAUGUUCAGAAUGUGGGAAAUCUUUUAAACAGAAAUCAGAUCUUGUUAGACAUGAAAGAUGCCACACAGGAGAGAAGCCAUAUUCAUGUUCAGAAUGUGGAAAAUAUUUUACACAGAAAUCAUAUCUUGUUAUACAUGAGAGAAGUCACACAGGAGAGAAGCCGUAUUCAUGUUCAGAAUGUGGGAAAUGUUUCACACAGAAAUCAAAUCUUGUUAUACAUGAGAGAUGUCACACAGGAGAGAAAGCAUAUACAUGUUCAGAAUGUGGGAAAUCUUUUAAACAGAAAUCAGAUCUUGUUAGACAUGAAAGAUGCCACACAGGAGAGAAGCCAUAUUCAUGUUCAGAAUGUGGGAAACAUUUUACACGGAAAUCAUUACUUGUUAUACAUGAGAGAAGUCACACAGGAGAGAAGCCGUAUUCAUGUUCAGAAUGUGGGAAAUGUUUCACACAGAAAUCAAAUCUUGUUAUACAUGAGAGAUGUCACACAGGAGAGAAAGCAUAUACAUGUUCAGAAUGUGGGAAAUGUUUUACAGAGAAAUCCAAUCUUGUUAUACAUGAAAGAUGCCACACAGGAGAGAAGCCAUAUUCAUGUUCAGAAUGUGGGAAAUGUUUUACACAGAAAUCAAAUCUUGUUAUACAUGAGAGAAGUCACACAGGAGAGAAGCCGUAUUCAUGUUCAGAAUGUGGGAAAUGUUUCACACAGAAAUCAAAUCUUGUUAUACAUGAGAGACGUCACGCAGGAGAGAAAGCAUAUACAUGUUAAGAAUGUGGGAAAUGUUUUAAACAGAAAUCAGAUCUUGUUAAACAUGAGAGAAGUCACACAGGAGAGAAGCCAUAUUCAUGUUGAGAAUGUGGGAAAUGUUUUACAGAGAAAUCAAAUCUUCUAAAA